UGCUGUGCUGAGCUCAGAGAUGCAUGAUGCUUACUCCCCCUGCUUGAGUUGUAAAAAGCUCUUCGGCUGAGUCAUGGAUUGAUGCUUUAAAAUACGUUAUUGAAAUCAACAGAACUGUAGAAUAGUCUGUAGCCUAGCCCAUGUUUCAGGCUGCGAUGAGAAAUUCACUAUAUCCUGUGUCAAUAUAUUGGUUCGCUUUCAGCAUUUAGGGCAGCAUACGUGGAGCCGGAUAUCUGUGUGGAGAAGGCGCUGCCCUACAUCGCGUUUUAUAAUGAUUGCUGCGGCGUUUUUGGUUUUAUUGAGACCGUAUAGUAUUCAAGUUGUUUUGUUAUUGUUGCUGCUAUUGGUGGGGACUAUUGCAACAAUUCUCUUUUUCUGUUGCUGGCAUCGGAGGCUUCGUAACGGGAAACAUCCUAUUAAAUCCGUGCUUUCAGGGCGCUCAAGGAGUCGCGAAGCUGGUCUCCGGACGCAUCAUUUUCGAUCAGAGGGCUUCAGGCACAGCCCGCUCCAUGCCAGGAGGGCGCGCGCUCGAGUUGCAGAGGAAAAGCCUCUUGUCGAAAUUCCCGAGAGUGAGCAUCAAAGUGACUCAUCUACAACUGUGAGAAAACGAAAAGUGAAGAAGAGAGUCCUUCCAGACUUCUAUCACUCAGUACAAGUCACCCCAACACGCAAACCCAGCUCCGGUUCGGGCAACGCUUCCCUUCACUGUUCCAUGUCUUCAUCGGCCGAUUUCUCGGACGAAGAUGAUUAUAGUUUUAAAUCUGGAUCGGUCUCACCGGCACCAGGGGACACGUUACCCUGGAACCUACCCAGACACGAGCGACAUAAGCGAAAAAUUCAGGGAGGAUCCGUUUUGGAUCCAGCAGAGAGAGCCGUGCUCAGGAUUGCAGAUGAAAGAGACAGAGUGCAGAAAAAGACUUUUACAAAAUGGAUAAACCAACAUCUCCUGAAGGUACGGAAGCAUGUAAAUGACCUGUAUGAAGACCUACGAGAUGGACAUAACCUGAUCUCACUGCUGGAGGUCCUGUCUGGCCAGUCAUUGCCAAGGGAGCGUGAUUUCCUCAAGACAUUACGGUUGCCUCGGGAGAAAGGGAGGAUGCGGUUCCACAGACUCCAGAAUGUACAGAUAGCACUGGACUACUUAAAGAGGCGGCAGGUCAAGCUCGUCAACAUCAGAAAUGAUGACAUCACAGACGGGAAUCCCAAAUUGACGCUGGGAUUGAUUUGGACCAUAAUUCUGCACUUUCAGAUCUCUGAGAUCCAUGUUUGCGGGGAGUCGGAGGACAUGACAGCCAAGGAGCGUCUGCUGAUGUGGUCCCAGCAGAUGACCGAGGGCUAUGUGGGCGUACGCUGUAACAACUUCACCACCUCCUGGAGGGACGGGAGGCUGUUCAAUGCCAUCAUUCACAAAUACAGACCUGAUCUGGUGGAUAUGGGCAGAGUGUCAGCUCAGACUAGCCGGUCAAACUUAGAACAGGCCUUUGGUGUGGCUGAACGGCUUGGGGUGGCCAGACUACUGGACCCCGAGGACGUGGAUGUGCAGUCUCCUGAUGAGAAGUCGGUCAUCACAUACGUCUCCACAAUGUAUGAUGUCUUCCCUAAAGUACCUGAUGGUGUUGACGGUAUCAAUGCAAAUGAUGUUGAUAUCAAAUGGGUAGAGUACCAGAACAUGGUGAAUUACCUGAUCCAGUGGAUCAAACACAACGUGGGAUUGAUGUCAGACAGAGCGUUCCCUAACAACCCAGUGGAACUAAAGGCACUUUAUACACAGUACUUGCAGUUUAAAGAGAAUGAAAUCCCGUUGAAAGAAACCGAGAAGAGCAAAAUCAAGCAUCUUUACAAAAUGCUGGAGGUGUGGAUGGAGUUUGGUCGUAUCCAGCUGCCUCGGGGGUUUCACCCCAAUGAUGUGGAGAAGGAAUGGGGCAAGCUGAUCGUGGCCAUGCUGGAGAGGGAGAAGAGCCUGAGGCCUGAAGUGGACAGGCUUGAAAUGUUGCAGCAGAUUGCAACCAGAGUCCAGCGGGACUGUGUCACUGGAGAGGACAAACUAGCGUUAGCACGAACUGCCCUGCAGUCUGAUGCUAAGAGACUAGAGUCUGGGGUCCAGUUCCAGAACGAAUCAGAGGUCUCUGGGUACCUUCUGGAAUGUGAGAACCACCUGAGACAGCAGGUGGUUGACAUUCAGAUUCUACUGGACGGGAAGUUCUACUGCUCCGAUCGGCUUGUUCAAAGGGUAUCCAAGCUCCGUGACGACCUGCUGGGGCUGAGGGCAGAGUGUUCCUCUGUGUACAGUCAAGGACGCACCCUGACGACCCAACAGACCAGGAUGAUGAUCUCAGGCAUUACUCAGAGUCUCAACUCAGGCUUCUCUUCAUCGAACCACAACUCCAGCCUCACCCCAGCCCUCACCCCUGGAGGCCUGGGCUCUCCCGGUUCCACCUUCACCUCCAGCUUUACCCCGGGCCUCACCCCUGCCCUGAGCCCCGCAAUGACACCUGGCGGCAUGCAGCCCGGGUCAAUCCAGGCCUAUAUGGGGGGCGGAGGAGGGGGCAUGGAUCCGGGAUCCCUCCAGCACCAUAAAUACAUGCAGAUCCGCAAGCCCCUGGGCAAGUCCUCGCUAUUGGACCCCAACAUGACCAAGGAGGAGGUCAACAUGAACUUUGUGCAGGACCUGAUAAACUGGGUGGAGGAGAUGCAGGUUCAAUUGGAUCACGGAGAUUGGGGAGCCGAUUUGCCAAGUGUGGAAACGCAUUUAGAGAACCACAGAAGUGUUCACAGAGCCAUCGAAGAAUUUCAAAUGAGCCUUAAAGAAGCCAAACUUAGUGAGAUGCAGAUGACCCAAGCGCAAAAACUAAGUUAUUCUGAGAAGCUGGGCAACUUAGAAUAUCAGUAUGGGAAGUUACUGAAAUGUUCGCGGGAGCGUCAGAAGAACCUGGAGAGCCUGCAUGACUUUGUGUCGCGGGCCACCAUGGAACUAAUCUGGCUCAACGAGAAAGAGGAAGAAGAGGUCGCUUUUGACUGGAGCGAUCGCAACGGCAACAUCUCCAAGAAGAGACAGUACCACGCUGAUCUGAUGAGAGAGUUGGACGACAAGGAGAAGGUGAUCAAGUCUGUGCAGGAUAAUGCAGAGAACCUUCUGCAGGAGAACCACCCUGCCAGGCUAACUAUUGAAGCAUAUAGAGCAGCCAUGCAGACCCAGUGGAGCUGGAUUCUACAGCUCUGCUCUUGUGUGGAGCAGCACCUGAAAGACAACACAGUCUAUUUCGAGUUUUUCAAUGAUGCCAAAGAGUCCAUGGACUACCUGAAGAGCCUACAAGGUGACAUCCAAAGAAAGUAUGGCUGUGAUCGGACAAGCAGCGUACACAAGCUGGAGGAUCACAUCCAGGAGUCCAUGGAUGAGAAGGAGCAGCUCCUCCAGUACCGCAGCACAGUGGCUGGGUUGGUGGGCAAGGCCAAGGCCAUCGUCCAGCUCAAGCCCAGAACCCCAGACACCCCUAUCAGGUCUUCCAUACCCGUCAAAGCCAUCUGUGACUACCGACAAAUAGAGAUUACCAUCUAUAAGGAUGAUGAGUGUGUCCUGGCCAGUAACUCUCACCGGGCCAAGUGGAAGGUGAUCAGUCCCUCUGGCAAUGAGGCCAUGGUGCCCUCUGUCUGCUUCACUGUGCCUCCACCCAACAAGGAGGCUGUGGACCAGGCCAGCAGAAUUGAGCAGCUGUACCAGAAUGUCCUGACUCUGUGGCACCACUCGCACAUCAACAUGAAGAGCGUGGUCUCCUGGCACUACCUGAUGGCGGACGUCAAAGCCAUCCGCAACUGGAACGUGUCCUCAAUUAAGACCAUGUUGCCAGGUGAGCACCAGCAGGUCCUUAGCAACCUGCAGUCCCACUUUGAGGACUUCCUGGAGGACAGCGAGGAGUCUGAGGUGUUCACAAUGGCAGACUGUUCCCAGCUAGAGAGGGAGGUGUUGACCUGCAAGGAGUACUACGAGGAGCUGCUCAAGUCUGCAGAGAGAGGCAAGGCUGUCUGGAGGCUCAGGAGGAGCACCUUUAGAUCCGAUACAGAUCCGCACCCCACUGGACAGAGACGAUCUGGUCUUGUGUUGAGCAGAGUAUCCAUUCUGUGGUCUUGCAUCACAGAGCAAGAGAAGAAGAAGGCAGAGCUGGAUCAGCUAAUGGAGGGUCUGGAGACCAUGAAGGAGAAGUGUGAGACAUUUCUCAGACAGGCCACAGCCUCUCCCUCUGUCCCCGCCCUCUCCUCUGACCUCAACGUCCUCAUCCAGAGCAUGAGCCAGGUUUACUCCAUGUCUUCCAUCUACCUGGAGAAGCUGAAGACGGUGAGCUUGGUGGUGAGGCACAGCCAGAAUGCAGAGGCUCUAGUGAAGUUCUUUGAGGCCAAACUUUCUGAGGAAGACGCUGUGAACUCUGACCUGAAGUCCAUUGACACAGUCGUCAGCACACUCAAGCAAUGGCGCUCAGAGAUUGACGAACAGCGGGAGGUCUUCCAUGACCUGGAGGAUGGGCUGCAAAAGGCCCGUGGCAUCAGUGACCACAUGUUCAAGGCUCACAACGAGCGGGACUUUGACCUGGACUGGCACAAGGAGAAGGCUGACCAGCUGGGAGAGAGAUGGCAUGAUGUCCACACCCAAAUUGACAGCAGACUUCGGGACCUAGAGGGCAUCAGUAAAUCUCUGAAGUACUACAAAGACUCCUACAGCAGUCUAAAUGACUGGGUCAGAGAGAUGGAGGCUGCUCAGCUCAAGACCCUGGAGAACCAGCCAGAGGACAGCAAGGCGCUUGCUGAGCUGCUCAACCAACAGAAGGUCCUUGUUGCAGAAAUGGAACAUAAGCAGAGCAGAAUUGAUGAAUGCCAAAAGUACUCAGAGCAGUACUCAUCUGGCGCUAAAGAUUAUGAGCUACAGCUGAUGACCUACAGAGCAAUGGUUGACUCACAGCACAAGUCCCCGCUCAAGAGACGGAGGAUGCAGAACUCAGCUGAUGCCAUCGUUCAGGAGUUCAUGGACCUCCGAACUCGCUACACGGCCGUAGUCACCUCCAUGACGCAGUAUGUAAAGUUUGCCAGUGAGACGUUGAAGAGAACAGAAGGCGAAGAGAAUAGGAAAGAAUCAGAAAAGACAGAGUACAUCACCUGGACAGAGAGCUGGGAGCUCCAAAAGGUAGCAGGGGAGGAGGUGAUUGGACAGCUUCAGCAGCAGGUACAAGAACUGGAGACCUCAUUGGCUGACAGAACAACCCAGUUGACCAGUCUACAGAGAGAGAUAGCAACAGCGGAGAAAGACAAAGUACUGGAAAAACUGCAAAGAGUGAAGAGAGGCAAUAUGGAAAUAGUCAGCAAUCAAAGCAGUUUACAGAAUCAAACAAUCUCGAAAACAAAUUAUUCUACUGUGCAGACUACAACAGUCCAGCAAAAACAGUCUCAGAAUUUGAUUGCUAAGAACCAAAGUCAAAAAACGGAAGUGAUGGCAAUAACAAAAAAGUUAGUGGCUCUGGAUGGUCAGGCAGGGAAAAGUCCAAGUGUUAUAAGCACCACUAACACAAGCUCAUAUAAUGUCAAAGACAUGUCAUCCAAAGCAUCUCAUUUAGCCUCUAUGUCAAAAGACGGUAGUUUGAAGCAGAGUGAGACAACAACCCUUCCUUUUUCCCCAAAGCUCCAAGGACACAGAGGCAGUAUCAGUAUCAGGAAGUUGAUCAAAACCAAGUUUUUGGAUAGAGAAAUCUUGCAGAAAUUAGAAACUGGCCUUGUCACAUUAGAAGAAGUCCAAGCAUCACUCGUUCAGUUCAUCAGCAAACCCACUGCUAUUGCCGGAAUCUACUUGGAGUCAAGCAAGAAAAAGAUAUCCUUCUUGGAGGCUGCAGAGAAAGGCCUUUUAGCUAAGACAUAUGCUAUUGAGUAUAUGGAGGCACAGGCUGCAACUGGCUGUGUUAUAGAUCCUUUAACUGGACAAACCCUCUCGGUUCAAGCUGCUCUGGAGAACGGCAUUGUUGGGUUAGAUCUGAAAGACAAACUGAUGGAUGCUGAAAAAGCAGCCACUGGUUAUGUCCAUGGCAGUAAAACAUUGUCUGUAUUUCAGGCCAUGGAGGAAAGGAUUGUUGACAGGCUCAAAGGAAAGAAGAUCAUCGAGGCUCAGAUAGCCACUGGAGGAUUAGUUCACCCAGUGAUUGGUGUUAGGGUGCCCCUUAACAUGGCUGUUGAUCAGGGUCUCUUGAACAAAGCUACCUUACAGAGUCUGUACGACCCAGUCAGCAACCCCAAAGGCUUCCACAAACCUGAUUCAGGACAGAAGGCCUACUACUGUGAACUACUGAAAACUUGUUUGUAUGACACAGAUGGUGGUGUCUAUCUCCUGCCUUUUGGUGAGAAGGAUCUCUCCAGUUUCUCCUUCUCCAGUUGUCACAGAGUAUCAGUCAUCAACAGUGCUUCUGGUAUGGAAAUGUCCACAUACCAAGCCUUUAAGGGCAACCACAUCGAUAAGUUGACCUACCUGUUUCUGUCUCAGCAGGACAGUGAAUGGCAGGAAAAGUCCACUGUCGAUGUCAACGAAAGCCCUUUACACGUCAUCACAGAUCUCAAAAGUGGACGGCAGCUUUGCAUCGAAACUGCCUUAGAUCUGAAGUUCCUUGAAAUGACAGAACUGGUAAGUUAUCGGAGUGGGCUCAUCAGUGUCUACGAGCUGGCAGACCUUAUCCUUUCAAGAAUGGUAGUUGUUCCGGACGCUAACAGCCCGUUGGCUGGUCUGUGGGAUGUCACUCAAAAGAGAAGGGUGACCAUUCUCCAGGGACAUCAGCAGAGCCUUAUCGAUAGACUCACUGCACUGAGGCUGCUGGAGGCCCAGGCAUGCACCGGGGGCAUCUGUGACCCUGCUUCUGGGGAGAAAGCCACAGUCACCGAAGCUCUGCGUAGAGGUCUCCUAGAUGAGACGUUUGCCCGCCAGCUCCAACAGUGUGAGCAAGCCUACUAUGGCAUCAUCCAUCCCCAGACAGCAAAGACCUUGAGUGUAGCUCAGGCCAUUCAGGAGAACCUGUUCCCCAAAGACGUGGGCCUUCGAUGCCUGGAAUUCCAGCUCCUGACUGGAGGACUGAUCAACCCAGAGACUCAUGAUAGAAUCUCACUGGAUGAGGCUGUUCAGAGUUUCCUGGUUGACAAAGCCACUGCCUCAUUCCUGAAAGAUGAGAAGUCUUCCCCAAAAAGCCUCACCUGCCCAAAGACGAAGAGGAAAAUCUCAUUCAUGGAGGCCCUGGAAAAGGGUGUUUAUGACGGCCACACUGGGCUCAGGCUACUGGAGACGACAAAGAGAUCUGUUGAUGAGGAGAAGAAAGAGCAUGGUGAUAAAGUUAGCAAGCUGUUAGGUUGGAUGUCCAGUGUGAAACCUGGCCAGAGCAAAGAUGGUAAAGCCAGCACAGAGGCCUCUAGAAAGCCCCAGGUUUCAAUGGAAGAAAUGGUAACAAAGAAGGAGAAAAUUGCAGAAGCACUGAGGACUACACAGCUGAUGCUAACUAAACACAGUGACAAAAUGACUGAGGAUGAGAAGCAGGAAGCCAAGGAGCAGCUGAAAUCCCUCCACCAGGCCUACAGUGAUCUCUCCCAGCAGUGUUCUGAUCAGACGCCAUCUACCGAGCAGGCGUUUCAGACCAUUGAGGGGGUACUCGAAGUUGGAAGUGUAGAGGUCUACUCUGUGUUUAGCUCUGUUCAGAGCGGCCUGAUCGACCAUUACACUGGGCUCUGUCUCCUGGAGGCUCAGCUCAUCACCUCUGGCCUUGUUCUGCCUCAGUUAAGGAUGUGUCUGGAGCUGGACGAUGCUUUCCAUCACAACCUCAUUGACGAGCCCACCUGGAAGCAGCUCAGAGAGCUCAACGAAGCCAACCAGUGUAUCCUGAGCCCACUGUUCUCCUCAGAACCUCUCCCUGUGAUAGCAGCGGUUAGAGAGGGGGCCAUCUCUGAGCGCCUGGCCAUGAAGUUUAUAGAGAUCCAGCUGGCUACAGGUGGGUUAAGGGUGUCCUACACAAGUGAUGUACUGACCCUGGAGAGGGCCUUUCAGUUUGGCCUGAUCCCUGACCAUCUCUACGUCAAGCUCUUGGAGAGACAGGACACAUGGAAAGACCUGAUCAACCCCAGCACGGCAGAGAAGGUCUCGCUCACCCAGCUGGUGCAGAGGAGCGUGGCUGAUGUGGAGACUGGACUGCGACUGCUGCCGGUGAAGAAAAGCCACAAUGGAAACAUGGAGUUGACAUCUGGGAGGGAGAUUAGUGUACUUAGUGCGGUUCAUGAGGGCUUGAUUGACAGACAGACCACGAUGAGGCUGCUGGGGGCUCAGCUGUUUGCAGGUGGUAUCGUCAAUCCCAAAACAGGCCAUAAGCUCACCGUAGAGGAAGCCCUGUCAGAAGGCUUGAUCGAUCAAGGCACUGCCACUGGGAUACUGAGCCAGCAGGCCCAAAAUGGAGGCAUAGUGAACCCUCAGAAUGGCAAAACGCUAUCGGUGGAUGAGGCUGUUCAGUGUAAUUUGAUGAGCUCUAGCAGUGCACUCUUGGUGCUGGAGAAACAGAAGGGGUUCAUGGGACUUUUAUGGCCUCACUCUGGUGAAAUCUUGACCGUGUCUACCUCUCUGCAGCAUGAAAUCAUCACCAAUCAGCUGGCAUUCAAACUGCUCAGCAAUAGACAGAAGAUAGCUGCCCUUUACAUAGCAGAAGACUCAGAGGUAGUCGAUAUUAACUCUGCUACUCAAAAUGGUUUAAUUGACACACAUACAGCAGAGGUGUUGAAAACCAUUGAAAUACCAGAUGUUUUUCCUGAUGUUGAUGACCUUAAUGAUAGAUUUUCUAGCUGGCUGAUGUUGAGGGAGCUUCAGAUUGGAGGAUCCCAUCGCCCUACAGAUGAUAUUGAGAAUGAUGGUGAGAACAUAAAUGCCCCAUCUCCCAUCGAGGCAAAACAGUUAUUUAUCUCAUACCUCAUGUUGAAUAGUUACAUGGAUCCAAAAUCCGGACAAAGGCUUUUAAUAUUCGAUGGACAGUUGACUAAAAUGGCUGAACUAUUAGUUAACAUUUCAGUAGAGACAUCUGAAAACCAGCUACAAAACACUGUACUUGGUAAGGCCGCUUUUGUGGAUAUUUCUUUGAAAGAAGACAUUUCUGAAGUUUCAGAGAUCUCGUUUGAAAGCAAUACUGAGGAUUUUGGAUAUUUGCACAUUAACGAGGAAACAGAUGGCGCAAUGAAAGACCAUCAUGCAUCCAGUUUCUUCAGGGAGGAUAAGUCCAAUUAUAAUCAAUCUGACAAUAAAGCCUUUUCUAAUGAUGUGUUUAUGGUGCUAGCCCAAGAUGGAUCAGAGGAGUCUGCUUCAGCUUUUGGCUGUGGAAACAAUACCACACAGCCGGAUUCUGAAAUAAGCAUCUAUCAAAAUAACACAAUACGUAUAAAUCCCAUUGGAAUUGAUGUAGAAACCUCAGAUAAUCAACCAAAAGAGGCUUUCAAUGGAAUUUCAGCCACACAAACCUCUCCCAAAUUGUGCUCGGUAAAUGUCACAGACAUGAGCUUGCUCUCAGGUGCACAGGUUGGAAAAAGGAUGCUAGCACAAGAUUUCACAGGAGAGUUAUCUGGCUCUGAUAAGAAUACCAGACAGCAUGAUUCUGAUACAAGUGUUUUGUCUGAUGGAAUUUAUCAAAAGAAUGCAAGCCCGUCAUCCGUUGAAAUUGGUUUAGAAACCUCAGAUAUAGCUUUAUGUAAUCAACCAAAAGGAGAAUCAGCCUCACAAGCCAUGUCGGAAAGCCCAUCCCCUACUAAAUCAUGCUUAGUCAUUGGCAAAGACAUGAGCUUGCUAGCUCAACAUGUCGCAGAGGAAACAUCUGUAGCUGUUCAUUCUGAAAUGAAUGCUGGACAAUAUGAUUCUAAAGCCAAUGUUUUGUCUAAUAGCAUUUAUCAAAAGAACAGACAGGGCACAAGCCCAUUGUCAUUUGAAAUUGAUGUAGAAACUUCAGAAAUGGCUUCAGAUCAUCAACCAAAAGAGACUGUCAACGCAGUUUCAGCCACACAAACUAUGUUGGAAAACUCAGCUCCUCCUAGAUUGUGCUUAGUGAAUGACACAGACAUGAGCCUGUCAUCAGGUGCCAAGGAUUCCCAAAGGACAGUGGCACAAGGCCUCACAGUGGAAGCAUCUGUCAAGGUUAGUUCUACCAGUACAAGCCUAGCACUAAUUGAAAUGAAUUUAGAAACAGAUAAUCAACCAAAAAAGACAGCCAAUGGAGGAUCACCCACACAAACCAUUUUGGCAAGCUCAACUCCUAGAUCCGGCUCAGUUGAUUCUGACGCAAGUGUUUUUAAGAAGAAGAAAAAAAAGAAGAGGACAAACAACACUAGUCUAGUACCCUUUGACAUUGAUGUAGAAACCUCACAUGUAGCUUCAGAUACACCAACAGAGACUUUCAAUGGAGGUUCAGCCACACAAACCAUUUUGAAAAGCAGAACUCCUAGAUCAUGCUCCGUAAAUGACACAGAUAUUAGCUUGCCCUCAUGUGUACAGGACUGCAAAAGGGCGCUGGUACAAGGUUUUACAGAUAAAUCAUCUAGCUCUGAAAAUUAUACCAGACAACCUGAUUCUGAAAGAAGUGUUUUGUGUGAUAGCAUCUAUCUAAAGAACACUAAUAACACAAGCCCAGAACCAUUGGAGUUUGAUUUAAAAACCUCCUCUUCAGAUAAUCAACCAAAAGAGACUUUCAAGGAAGGUUCAGCCACCCAAGUCAUUUUGGAAAGGUCAACCCACCAAAGAUUGUGCUCGGUGAAUGACACGGACACACGUUUCCCCUCAGCUGCGCAGAAUUCCAAAUGCUUGACAGCAGAAAAGGAAUAUUCUAGCUCUGAAAAUAAUGUAGAACAUUCCAUAAGGGAGAUAGUACACAGUUUCACAGACGAAUCAUCCAUAUCUAUUGACUCUAAAAAGAAUACCAGGCAGCACACAUCUGAAAUUUGUGUUUUGCCUGACAGAAUCGAUCAAGAAAAGACAAUGCGCACAAGCCCAACAUCAAUUCAAAUUGAUUCAGAAACAGAUGUUGCUUCAGAUAAUCAAACUAAAGGGACUUUCAAUGGAGGUUUAGCCACACAACCCUUAUUGAAAAGCUCUACUUUGUGCUCAGUGAAAGACACAGGCCUGAACCUACCACCGGGUGCACAAGAUUCCCCACAACGUCCCACAAAUACACCUGGCUGUGAGACAGACAAGAACACAAAAUCUGAAUCAUCUCUAUUGUCCACUUUAUUGGCAGACACCCUUGACACAUCCACAGAGUUUCCAUGCACUGAGGAAGAAGCAUGGGACAAUGAAGAUGAGAGAGGCUUUGCGAUCCACCUUCUCAGAGCCCAACUAGAGGAGGGUGGUAUUUUGGACAUCAUCUCUGGGAAACGCUAUGACCUUGAUGCAGCUCUUGAUAAGGGCCUUGUGGAUGAGGAGACUGUGUUAGAAGUGCUGGCAUUGCAGCUCCACAAGGGAGAGGUUUUAGGUGAUGAGAGAAGCACAGUGGCAACCCUGAAAGAAGCUGUGUCUAGAGGCUCCAUAUCCUCCCAGAUAGCCCUGCAGAUCAUGGAACAGCAGAGCCUGUUGGGUGGUGUAUAUGACUCCAAGUCUGGAUGCACUAUUCGUGUAAAUGAAGCACUGGAUUCAGGGAUGAUUGAUGAUGAUUUGGCUGAAAAGAUCCUUCACUCAGACCCUGUACACAACGCAAUCAUCGACCCUGAUAGAAACUGCAUGCACAGCAUUUCUUAUUCCCAGAGUCUGGGCCUCAUAGACAACAAUGAGGCCGAGAAUAUAUGUCAACAUCAAACAGACAAAAAGGUGGCGGUUUUGGUUCUUGAUGCCCCUGAUGAGGAUGUCAAUGGGGAAGAAGGUAAAGAGAAUAGGAAUAGACAUGCAGGGGAAGAUGUGGAUGCAGAAGGAAACAGAGAACAGAACUGCGAUUCCCAGAAGUCCUUACUACCUUCGUUCACCAUUAGUCAUGGGCCUGUAUGUAGACAGAUCCUAUCACCUAUCCUGUCAGAUCAGGUAACAGGGGAACAUGUCAUCCAUCAACCUGACACAUCAUCUUUAUUAAGGGAAGAUGGUUCCUCACAGGCCCCUAACAGUCCGCUGUCAGACAUGGUCCCUGGGUCUAGAAAUUCCAUCCACAAUGACAUGUUGUCAAACAAAUCAAACUGUCUCAGUUUGAUCGAUAGUGGAGAUAGCGGAGCUCCUCAGGCCCAGGCUAAAGAGGUGAGACAGACAGAGAAAGAUGGUAACAGUUCUCUGAGGAGAGGCACGGAUCUGUCCUGUGAGGCAAUCGGCUUCACUCCGGGUGAUGGGCAGCUGGGAGCAGGAUACCGUGAGAUAAUGGGGAACCAGACUGUCAGUCCUGUUCAGAGUGACUCGGGCGUGUCCUGCUCAUCACAUAGUGAUCUGUUGUCUGAUGAAAGGAAAAUGGAGAAUGUGUUGAACGCAAUUCAGCCGCCAGCUAGCCAGCUAGUCAAGGAGUCAGAUCAGAGAAUAGAUAGCUCAUCACUGAGAGAUUUGUCUAGCGAUGUAACAAGCACAGUGUCCGCAGUCGUGGGUGUCAAUGUGGAUAAAAUGGUAAUACACAGUGAUGGACUUUCCUCGUUUAGCACUGUGUCACCUCAGCAACUGCUAGUGAAGUCAGAUGGGGAUAUUGGUGGAGAUAUCAAGCCUACAUCCUCUCAGAACGGGUACAGUCAGAGUAAGCCAACAGAUCAAAAAAAGACUCCAGUGCAGUUGACUAACUCCUCUGAUUUAGCUAUUGUAUCCAGUGUACUGAUCAUAGAAACACACUGUGACAAUAAUGACAGCUAUGAUGUCGGUGAUCAAGAGCAGUUAGAAACUGCUCCCACUAAAGUGAUAUCUAGCAGAAUUACCCCUGAUCUGACACUGACUGAUAAACAUCUGUCAAAUUCAAAUGCUAAUGUUAACGCUAAAGCUAAUGACAGGGUUGAAUCAAGCAGGGGUGAUGACAUCACACCAUCCUCAGGGAGACAAGAAGAUUCAUCUGAUGGUAGUGUCUCACAGAUUACUGAUCAAGCUGAUUCACCCACUGUGUCCAAGUCAUCACAGACAGGACAGACAGGUACUGGCAAAUGUAACUCAGUUGUGUCUGAGAAGUUUCCCGAUACAAGUUCGUCAUCAGCAUCAGAAAUGUUCCCAGGGUAUCCAUUAAAGGCAACAGAGCCAGGUAUGAGAUCAGUUGUUAAACAAGAUGAAUGUGGUGCAGUUGAGAAUCAUCCCCAGCCGAUGGCUGCUAUUGUUCAACCAGACUCUUCCUCCAAUACCCCCUCAACAUCAGAAAUGACCUCACAGCAUCUGGUAAAGGGUAAAGAGCCUGGCCUGGGGUCAGAUCUUACACAGGAUGUAAAUAGGCUAAAUCUAUGCGUUGCUGAUGAGAAUCAUACCCAUCUGAUGACUGUUGAUGUUCAACCAGACUUCAUGACACCUGAUAGUGUCCCACCACCUGCGUCGGCCAUCUAUAGUGCUCAAAGGUCCGGUUUAGGUGAGCUGGUGAGAAUGAGAGUGGAGGGGGCAGAUGUCGAUGAAUUACAAAAGGCCGAGACCCAAGCAUUGGAGGGCAUCAUCAACCUGAUACAGGACAAUCCCCAGUCCCAUGGAAGAGGUUCUGGUGAUUUUGGUAGUGAGACAGAUGCAGCUCCUGGGCUUGUGAAAAGUAAUAGUCCAGAUCUCCUCAGGGAUCUGUUGAAGCAUGAGGCUCUCCGUUCAGGUAAAACUAGUCUGGAUGGAGGGAAACCACCCCAUGAAGAAACACCUCCAUCUGAUAUGAUCCAGAUUCAGUUUCAGCAGGUUCUUCAAAGUGUAUCCUCAAGCCAAGACCCUGCCAUGCUCAGAGAUGUGAUUGGAGCCUUGAGCAGUAUUCUGGGGGGUGCUCCUGAUGACGACAGGCCACGCAACCUGGAGAUCAUCCAGGAGGAGGACUCGUACGAUGAGGCUGAAGGUGCCGUGGCAGAUCCCAUGGAAAGUCUUGACCUAUAUCAAUCUACUGAGGUUGAAACCAUUUCAGACACAGGCAAUGCUGGAGCAGUUCAACCUAAGGUCAGGAAACAGUACUCCACCCAGGAUUAUCUGGAGUGUGUUGGUAGACUUCAGGAUCAUGCAGAUGUUGUAGUGGAGAUCAGGAACGACUUGUCAUCCAAGCAGGGCUCUCUGAGUAACAACAUGGAGGAGUUACACAGUCAGCUGGAGGAAUCCCAGUUGUUGGAAGCACAUCUGUCUACACUGGCUAGCUUUCUAACCAGAGAUAUGGACAUAGCCAAGCAGCUGUUAAAGUCUGCUAAUGAACUCAUUCCCACGCAUAUCCACCAAGAUCUUGCUUCAGCCUUUCGAGAGUUGCAGCCAGCAUUUGCAGACGUUUGCCAAAUGUCUGCAGAAAGGAAUUACGUUCUAAUGCAGGCUAUUGAUAAAGGAAAGGCCAAUUUGGAGUCAACAUACCAGGAGCUCCUCAGUACCCUUAAUCAACUAUCAGGCUGUAUUCAUGACAACUCUGAGAUGACCUACAACCUAGACAUCAUGAACACAUAUGACGUGAACACAGUGAAAGAAAUGAUCCAGAAUAUUGAGGACAUGGAGACUAAUGUGUUAGGGACCCAGAGGCAUCUGGAGGACACUGCGUUUGACACCCAGUACUUUAUCUCAGAGCAUGCCCAGUUCCUGAGCCCAGCCCAGAGCAGGCACCUCCUCAAGUCUCUCAGCGCCACCCAGAGGGCAAUUAAGGAUCAGAUGGAGAGGGUGGCCAAUCAGAGAUGCACCCUUCAACUCCAGCUGGAGAUCAGCGAGAAUGAGAGUCAGCAGAAGUGCUUGGUGGAGAAACAGAAGGAGUUCUCAGACAAGUUGCAGGAGCUGUGUGACAACCUGACCAAUACAGAGAACUGUCUGAUAGGCCAGCAGCAGCAGGCCAAGAGUGUAGAGAGUGUGGAAGACCUGCAGCAGGUCCAGAAAGAGCAUCAGGCCUUGCAGAAAGACAUCCUGACCAACGGCAGUGCCUUGAAUGAGGUCAUCAGUAGCACCAAGAAGUUCCUGGAUGAGAACCGGUCUAUGCUGACCCCAGAUCAGAUCGCUGCCAUCGAGAGCAAGCUGGAGGACGCCAAGAGCAAGGUCAAACUCAUCAACCAACGGGCCGAGGAGUCAAGGAAAGACGUGGAGAAGUCUGUGACUACUGCUAUCAAACAGGAGACUGAGAAGGAGGCUGUUGUUGAGCAGUUUGAGGAGAGUAAGAACAAGAUUGAGGGUCUGCUGGACUGGAUCAACAACAUAGGGAAUGAGAAAGGGAUGGGGGUCGAUCAGACAGACCAUAUGGGCAAACAGAACGGGAACAUGCCUUUGCCAUCGAAGACCUCAGCCAAGAACAUUCUGGGAGAGGAUGAUGACCCCAAUGGAAACAAUGGAAACGCUCUCCAGACUACAGAUAACGACACUGGCAGACAGGCUACAGAGAAGACCCCAGAACUGGACCUGGACAAGCAGUACGAUAGGGUCAAGGCUCAUCACCAGGAGAUCCUGUCCCAGCAGCAGGACAUGAUCAUGGCCACCCAGUCAGCCCAGGCUCUGCUGGACCACCAGGCCCAUGCCCUGUCCUCCACGGAGAAAGACAAGCUGCAGAUGGACAUCCAGGAGUUGAAGGGUCGGUACGACGCUUCCCUUACCCAGGCAGAACAGCAGAUGAAGCAGGUGGUCCAGGUCCAGGAGGAGCUGAAGAAGUUCCAAGGAGACUGUGAGGAGUUUGAGGGCUGGCUGCAGCAGGCCGAGGGGGAGGUGGGGGAGCUGGGAGCCCCCGCUGGAGCUCUGAACAUCCUCACAGAGAAGCUCCAGAGACAGAAGAGCUUCUCUGAGGACGUCAUCUCCCACAAGGGGGACCUGCGGUUCAUCACCAUCUCAGGGCAGAAGGUGCUGGACGUGGCGAAAGCUUGUGGACGCAUGGACCCUAAGGGGAAAGAUGCUCAGCUGGAGGUGGAUACCACUGGAACCUGCGCUACUGUAAAGGAUAAGCUGGACUCGGUUGCUGGCCGUUACAAAGCCCUGCACUCUCAGUGCAAUGAGCUCGGCAACAACCUCAAAGAUGUGGUGGACAAGUACAAGAAGUACGAGGACUCAACCGCUGGUCUCCUGAAGUGGCUCAACAACUCAGCGGAGGAAGCCAGAAGGCAACAGUCUGAGGCCAUUGCUGCCGACCCUCAAACCCUACAGAAACAGCUGGAGGACACCAAGGCUCUACAAAAUCAGACCACUGGUCGUCAGACUGCUGUGGAGACACUCCGCAAAACAUCUGACUCUCUGGUCACUGCUGAGGGGGACCUGUUGACCAAUCAGGACGAGAUCCAGGAGACAGUAGAUGAUAUUGUGGAAAGGUAUGACAACCUGUCCAAGUCAGUGAGUGAUCGUAAUGAGAAGCUUCAGAUCACCCUGACCCGCUCCCUGAGUGUCCAGGAUGGCCUGGAUGAGAUGAUGAGCUGGAUGGAGGGAGUAGAGGAGAGUGUGAAGGAGAAAGGACAAGUCCCUCUGGAUUCAGCAGCAAUUGGAGAUGUGCUGAGCAACGGGGCUGCUCUGGAGCAGGAUAUUUCCAGUCGCCAGAGUAGCAUCUCGGCCAUGAAGGCCAAGGUGAAGAAAUUUGUGGAGACAGCUGACCCCUCCGCCGCGGCUCUGCUGCAGUCCAAAAUGGACGCCCUGUCACAGCGCUUCUCUGACACCUGUGACAAGCACAAGCAGAAAAUGGAGCAGCUGGAGCAGCUGAAGGACAAGGUGGAGGAGUUCGAGAAGACCUCAGACAAGGUGCAGCAGUUUGUGCUCAAGCGCUCACAGGCCCUCUCCGAAACAGACGGGCCAGGGAAAAAUGUCAACGAGCUCUCGCAGCUCAUGCAGGACACUAACACUGAGUUGGCUGAACAUGCCAAGGAUGUGGAAAUACUGCAAAAGCUGUCAAAGGAGCUGUCCAAUAUGGGUCCAGAGGGAAGCAUGGCCCAGAUUCAGGGAAAGAUUGACAACCUCUCCAACAACUUCAAUGCCUUCAAAGACACUGUGAAAGAGAAAGAGGAGGAGGUGUCUUCCUGCCAGGACCAGCUGGGAGACUUCAGGGAUGCAGCCGGAGCUCUCAGGACGUGGCUGGAGGAGACAACAGAGAAAGUCCCUGUGGUUCAGCCAACCAGCAGUGAACAGAGUCUAUUGAAUGACCUGCAGAGAGUCAAUGCUCUAAUGGAGGAAUGGACAACCAAAGGCUCUGCUGUCCAAGAUAUAAAUAGCAAAGGAUCUGCGCUAUGUAGCUUCAUAAGUGUUCUCACAUCUCCAGCCAAGACCAAGAUGUCACACAAGUCAGCCGUUGCUAACGGUGGUGGCCCCGGAAACCAUGCCUACCUAACCAAUAAAGAGCUGAUGGUGGUACAGCAGAACAUGUCGUAUAUCAACGAGGGCCACGAGAGGCUGGGAGAACUACUGAAGGACCGGGCUGCAGAACUCUCUGGCCUGGUGCAGCAGAUGGCAGAGGCCCAGAAGGAGACAGAUGCCAUGAUAACAUGGCUGAAGGACAUGAAGAAGACAACAGCAUCCUGGAACUCUGCGUCCACAGAGAAAGACGCCAUGAAAACACAACUGGAGCAACAGAAGGCCUUUGAGGAGGACAUGAAACAAAAGCACGAGCAGCUCCAGAAGCUGAGAGAGAAGCUCCUCCACUUGAUUGAGAAACACCCAGACUCUCCUGAAGCAGCCAAAUGGAAGCAGAUGCUGGCACAGAUAGAUGCUGCCUGGGCGGAUGUAAGCGGGUCGGUGGAGAACAGGAAGCAGCACCUGGAGGAGUCCAACAGGAUCCUGGACGUGUUCCAGACCACUGAGCCACAGCUCCGCCAGUGGCUCUCAGAGAAGGAGAUGAUGCUCAGUGUCCUGGGGCCCCUCUCCAUGGACCCCAACAUGCUCAACACACAGAGGCAGCAAGUCCAGAUCCUCCUGAACGAGUUUGACAGCCGUAAACCACAGUAUGACCAGCUUAAUGAGGCUGCUGCUGCUAUCCUGAGCACCUCAGCCAAGCAGGACCCCUCCUCUGGUGGGAAGGUGGUGAAGGACCAACUGGCCGCCGUCACCCAGAAAUGGCAGGGCCUGACUGGGCAGCUGAGACAGCGAGCCGGCCUCAUCGACCAGGCCGUGGGGAAGACUGGCCAGUUCCAGGAUCUGCUGAGGAGCUUGAGCCAGAGCGCCGCCUCACUGGAGACCCGGCUCAACAGCCAACAGGCCCUUAGCAGUCAGCCUGACGUGGUGAAGAAGCAGCUGGAAGAGGCUAACAUCAUCUCUGGCCAGCUGAGGGAGGAGAGGAAGAGACUGAAAGAGGCUGAGACCCUCUGCUCAGAGCUCUCUGCCCUGGUCACUGAGGACUACCUGAAAACAGACCUAGCCAGGCAGCUGGAGGUGGUCACCAAGCCCUUCAAACAGUUGGAGGACAAAGCAGUGAAGCGGAUCCAGCAGCUGAACUCAGCCUUCGCAAGCUCCCAGCAGUUCCACCAGACUUCCAAAGACUUCCAGGGGUGGAUGAAUGAGAUGCUCCAGGAGCAGUCUAAAUCUCAGGCAGUCUCAGCCCUUGUGGAGAACCUUCAGCAAAGCCUGAAAGAGCACAGUGCCCUGCAGAAGGCCCUCAGUGAACAUAAGGAACCAUACAGCACCAUCGUCAGGGAGGGGGAGACCCUACUCCAGAACACAGAUGGGGCAGAGAAGGUGGCGCUGCAGGGCCAGCUGGCCACAUUGCGUUCCAACUGGGACGACGUGAAGAAGAGCUCAUCCGAGCGCCAGGAUAAGCUCCAGGGGGCGCUGCAGAGGGCCCAAAAGUAUCACGAGCAUGCUGAGAAGCUCCAGUCCUGGGUCCAGGAGAGUGAGGUCAGGGAGGGUAGCGUCAGGCUCAGCGUGGACCCAGCUGUGGUGGAGAGCUCAAUCUCCCAGCUGAAGGCCAUCCAGAAGGACGUGGACAAACACAGAGGCCUGGUGGCGCAGCUGAACACUGCAGCCGAAAGCCUCCUGGAGGUGGCCAAUGCAGACAUAGAGGCUGUCAGGGAGGAGAAGGCGGCCAUUGGGCAGAGCGUGGACCGGGUCACAGAGAGGGUCCAGAACAAGAGGGAUUCUCUGGACAAGAUCUCACAGAGGCUGAAGGAGUUCAACGACACCCACAAAGAGGCCAAGGGCCAGCUGGCAGGGGCUAAGAAGCAGCUAGAUGCCCACACAUCACUGGGGGUCCAGGCCUACAGCAACAAGAACCUGAUCAGCAUGAAGGCCCAGCAGAAGAGCCUGGAUGGGGUCAACACACAGCUGGAGCACCUGAAGAGCCUUGCCCAGGGCCUCGUGGCCGACGUCCCCGAAGCUGACGGGGUGACAGACCUCCUCCUUCAGGCUGACAGCCUGGAGAAAGAGUACGGCUCCCUCAGCAAGGAUGUAGGGAAGACUUGCUCCACCUUGGAGGGCAAGCUGCAGGGCAUCGGGCAGUUCCAGACCAACAUCCGCGAGAUGUUCACCUGCUUCGCAGACUUAGAUGAUGAGCUUGACAGCAUGGCUCCUGUGGGCCGCGAACUGGCCACUCUGAAUGAGCAGCAGGGCGGCAUCAAGGUCUUUAUGGAGAAACUGCAGGAGCUGAUGGCAGACACGGCUCGAGGAGAGGACAGAUGUAAGAAGAUGCUGGAAACUGAGGCCUCCCCAGAUCUUCUGGGGCUGAAGAGAGAUCUGGAUGUUCUGAGUAAGCAGUGUGGCAAGCUGAUGGACAGAGCCAAAGGGAGAGAGGAAGAGGUGGGGAGUACAUUCACCCGUCUGAAUGAGCUUUACUCCAAGCUACAGCAGUUCACUAACAAACUGGGCGGAGCUGAGGUCAAGGAGGAGGGUCAAGGGUCAGUUGGCAUGGAGACGGAUGUCAUCAACCAACAGUUGGAAGCUUUCAAGGUAUUCCAGAAAGAGGAGGUUGAUCCACUACAGACCCAGUUGCAAGACAUCAACUGGCUGGGCCAGGGCCUGAUCCAGAACGCCGCCAAAGGUACCAGCACCAAGGGCCUUGAACAUGACCUGGAGGAUGGCAACACUCGAUGGAACACACUCAACAAAAAGAUUGCUGAGCGGUCAGCGCAGCUGCACGAGGCCCUAUUGCAUUGUGGGAGGUUCCAGGAUGCUCUGGAGUCCCUGCUCAGCUGGCUGACGGACACGGAGGAGCUGGUGUCCAAUCAGAAACCUCCCUCUGCUGAGUUCAAAGUCGUCAAGGCACAAAUCCAGGAGCAGAUACUCCUCCAGAGGCUGCUCGAUGACCGUAGGCCUACGGUGGAGCUGAUUAAGAAGGAAGGAGGGAAGGUUGUGGACCUGGGAGCAGAGUUUGUGGAAAAGGAGAAGGUGGGGAAGGAGAUUGAGUGCCUGGGGCAGAGGUGGGACGCUUUGCUGAAGAAGGCUGAGAACAGGCACAAACAGCUGAAGAGCAUUCUAGUUGUGGCUCAGCAGUUCCAUGAGACACUGGAGCCUCUGUCUGAGUGGCUCUCUGCCACAGAGAAACGCUUGGCCAAAUCUGAACCCAUCGGCACACAGACUACCAAGCUGGAAGUGCAAAUCUCCCAGCACAAGGCCUUAGAGGAGGAGAUAAUGGGUCACAGUAAAGACCUGGUUCAGUCCAUCAGCCUGGGUCAGAUGCUCAAGCCGGUUAGCUCAGUGGACGAUAAGGAGCUGGUGCAGUCUAAGCUGGACUCCACCCAAGCCAGUUACAUAGAGCUGCAGGAGCGCUGUAGGAGGAAGGCUGAGAUGCUGCAGCAGGCUCUGGCCAAUGCCCAGCUCUUUGGAGAGGACGAGGUGGCCCUCAUGAACUGGCUCAACGAAGUGCACACUACACUGAGCGAAGUGUCCGUCAAAGACUACAAGACGGACGUUCUUGAAAAGCAGUGUGCAGAACAACUGGCCCUACAUGAAGACAUUGAGUUGAGAAAGCAGAAUGUUGAUCAAGCCAUUUCCAAUGGAUUGGAGCUGCUGAAACAAACAACAGGUGAUGAGGUGGUUGUCAUCCAAGGCAAGUUGGACGGGAUAAAGACGAGAUACGCUGAGAUCAACUCCAUGAGUGGUAAUGUGUCUAAGACCCUGGACCAGGCCCUGACCCUGGCCUCCAAGCUUCAGCACAUCCACGAAGACCUCAGCUCCUGGCUGGAGAAUGUCGAGACUGAGCUCACCGCCUUCGCUGCUCAGGAGCCUGUAGGAGAGCAGCUCAUCCAGGCACAAGACAGGCAGAAGGCAUUGCUGAAAGAAGCCAUGGAUCACAAGCCCCAGGUGGACAAACUGAACGAGGUGAGCAGCUCUCUACUGGAGCUGGUCCCAUGGAGGGCCCGGGAGGGCCUGGACAAGCUGGUGACAGAGGACAACGACCGAUACAAGGCCGCGAGUGACACCAUCACACAGCAUGUGGAGCAGAUCAACGCCGCCAUACUGAAAUCACAGCAGUUUGAACAAGCAGCUGACAAUUUGCUGGCCUGGCUUACUGAAGCUGAGAGGAAGAUGUUGUCAUUGGGGGAGAUCAGGCUGGAACAGGACCAGACCACAGCACAGCUCCAGGCCCAGAAGGGCUUCUCCAUGGACAUCAUGAGACACAAAGAUGCUGUGGAUGACAUUGUGAAAACAGGCCAGGCCAUCAUGAACAGCAAGGAUGAGGAUGAAAAGCAAGCCUUGAAGGUCAAGAUCCAAGCCCUCCUGGAGAAGUACGGUGUGGUAAGUCAGCUGAACUCGGAGCGCUGCCUGCAGCUGGAGCGAGCCCAGUCUCUGGCCAGCCAGUUCUGGGAGACUUACGAGGAGCUGUGGCCCUGGCUCCAGGAGACCCGCACCAGCUUCAGCCAGCUCCCACUGCUGGCCAUUGAGUACGAAGCUCUCCGACAGCAACAGGAGGAGCUCAGGCAAAUGCGAGAGCUGAUUGCAGAGCACAAGCCCCACAUCGACAAGAUGAACAAGACUGGUCCCCAGCUUCUAGAGCUGAGUCCUGUGGAGGGGAUCCCCAUCAGGGAGAAGUACACAGCCACAGACCUGCUGUACGCCCAGCUCAAGGCUGAUGUCAAACAGAGGGCUGCCACAUUGGAUGAGGCCAUCUCCAAAUCCACACAGUUCCAUGACAAGAUCGAGCCCAUGCUGGAGUCCCUGGAGCGGAUUGCUGAGCGCCUGCGUCAGCCUCCCUCCAUUUCUGUGGAGGUGGAGAAGAUCAGGGAGCAGAUCACAGAGAACAAGGCUGUGUCCGUGGACCUGGAGAAACUGCAGCCUUCCUACGACACACUCAAGCAGCGUGGAGAGGAGAUGAUCGCUCGCUCCGCGGGAGCUGACAAGGACAUAUCUGCUAAAGCUGUGCAAGACAAGCUGGACCAGAUGGUGUUCACCUGGAAUGAGAUCCAUGCCCUGAUGGAAGAGAGGGAGGCCAAGCUGCUGGAUGUAAUGGACCUGGCAGACAAGUUCUGGUGUGACCACUGUGCCCUCAUCGUUACCAUCAAGGACACCCAGGACCUGCUGAGGGAGCUGGAGGAGCCUGGAGUCGACCCCUCUGUGGUGAAACAGCAGCAGGAAUCUCUGGAGAGCUUCAAGGAGGAGAUUGACGGGCUUCAGGAGGAGCUUGAUGUGGUGCGGAACUUGGGGGCGGAGCUUAUGGCUGCCUGUGGCGAACCAGAUAAGCCAGUCAUAAAGAAGAGUAUUGAUGAGGUGAACUCUGCAUGGGAGACUCUGAACAAGUCAUGGAAGGAGAGAGUGGACAGACUGGAUGAGGCCAUGCAGGCUGCUGUACAGUUCCAGGAUGGCCUGCAGGGUAUGUUUGACUGGGUGGAUAUCGUGGAGCACAAACUGGAUUCUAUGUCACCUGUGGGUACAGACCUAGACACUGUCAAGCAGCAGAUUGAAGAACUCAAGGAGUUCAAAGGUGAGGCGUAUCAGCUGCAGAUCGAGAUGGAGCGUCUGAACCACCAGGCGGGCCUACUGCUGAAGAAGGUGACGGAGGAGUACGACCGCUGUGCCAUCCAAGAGCCCAUGACUGAGCUCAAAAUGCUCUGGGACAACCUGGAUGAAAAUAUCAUCAACAGACAGCACAAACUAGAGGGAGCGCUGUUGGCUCUGGGGCAGUUCCAGCAUGCGCUGGAUGAGCUUCUGGCCUGGAUGAGCAACACGGAAGAGCUGCUUAAUGAGCAGAGGAAGGCUGCAGGAGACCCCAAAGCCAUUGAGAUCGAGCUCGCCAAGCACCACGUCCUCCAGAACGAUGUGCUGGCCCAUAAGACCACGGUGGAGGUGGUCAAUAAGGCUGGUACUGACCUGGUGGAGUCCACCUCUGGAGAGGAAGCCUCUGGACUGCAGAGCAAACUGGAGAACCUCACCCAGCGCUGGAAGAACAUCCUGGAGAAGACAGAGCAGAGGAGACACCAGCUGGAUGGUGCUCUGCUUCAGGCCCAAGGUUUCCAUGGCGAGAUGGAAGACAUGCAGCAGUGGCUGAAAGACACAGAGCGUCAGCUGUUAGCAUCAAAGGCUGUGGGAGGCUUACCAGACACGGCCCGCGAGCAGCUUAACGCCCAUCUGGAGUUAUGUUCUACAUUAGAGGCCAAGGAGGAGCUCUACCAGCAGCUGAUGAACAAAGGUCAGCAGCUGCUCACCAUGACCCCCUCCAACCAGGACAGCAACACAGAGCAGGACCUGAGGAACCUGCAGGACAAGAGGGAGUCGGUACAGGUCAAGGUGGCUGAGAGAAAGGUGAAACUGGAGGAGGCCUUGACUCUGGCCACAGAGUUCCAUAACUCUCUCCAGGACUUCAUCAACUGGCUGACCCAAGCUGAACAGACUCUCACUAUGUCCUCUCCUGCCUCCCUCAUCCUGGAAAACAUCAUGUUUCAGAUUGAUGAGCACAAGGUGUUUGUGACGGAGGUGAACUCCCACAGGGAGCAGAUCGUUGAGCUGGAUAAGACAGGGACCCACCUGAAGUACUUUAGCCAGAAGCAGGAUGUGGUGCUGAUCAAGAACCUGCUGAUCAGUGUGCAGGGCCGCUGGGAGAAGGUGGUGCAGAGGUCUGUGGAGAGGGGCCGUCUGCUGGAUGAUGCCAGGAAGAGGGCCAAACAGUUCCACGAAACCUGGAACAAGCUGACAGAAUGGUUGGACGAGUCGGAGAAGGCCUUGGACUCGGAGCUGGAAAUCGCCAACGACCCUGACAAGAUCAAGAUGCAGCUGGCCCAGCACAAGGAGUUUCAGAAGGCGCUGGGGAGCAAACAUUCGGUGUAUGACACAACCAGUCGUACGGGACGCGCCCUGAAGGACAAGACGUCACUGCAGGACGACAACCAGAAGCUGGAUGACAUGCUGAGUGAACUGAGGGACAAGUGGGACACUGUCUGUGGCAAGUCAGUUGAGAGGCAAAACAAGCUUGAGGAGGCACUGCUGUUCUCUGGUCAGUUUACUGAUGCCCUCCAGGCCCUGAUUGACUGGCUGUACAGAGUGGAGCCUCAGCUGGCCGAGGACCAGCCAGUACAUGGAGAUAUAGACCUGGUCCUUAAUCUCAUUGACAGUCACAAGGUGUUCCAAAAGGAGCUGGGGAAGAGGACGGGGAGCGUUGCGGCCCUGAAGCGUUCGGCUAAGGACCUGAUUGAGAGCAGCCAUGAAGACUCAUCUUGGGUCAAAGCUCAGAUGCAGGAGCUGAGCGCUCGCUGGGAGACUGUGUGCGCCCGCUCAGUAUCUAAACAGACUCGGCUGGAACAGGCAUUGUGUCAGGCUGAGGAGUUCCACUCUACGGUCCAUAUCCUGCUGGAGUGGCUGGCCGAGGCUGAGCAGAGCCUUCGUUUCCAUGGCACCCUGCCCGACGACGAGGAUGCCCUCAGGGCUCUUAUCGAGCAGCACAAGGAGUUCAUGAAGAAGCAGGAGGAGAAGGGAGUAGGCCUGAACAAAGCCACCAGUAUGGGGGAGGCUAUCUUGACCAUCUGCCAUCCAGAUUCUAUCACCACCAUCAAACACUGGAACACCAUCAUUAAAGCCCGGUUCGAGGAGGUUCAGGCUUGGGCACGGCAGCACCAGCAGCGCCUGGCCAUGGCCCUCAGUGAUCUGCUUGCCACUCAGGAGCUGCUGGAGGGUCUGCUGGGCUGGCUGCAAUGGGCUGAGGCAACACUCAAUGAGAAGGACAAGGAGGUCCUGCCUCAGGAGAUAGACGAGGUCAAAGCUCUUAUUGCUGAACACCAGACAUUCAUGGAGGAAAUGACCAGGAAACAACCAGAUGUUGACACGAUCACCAAGACACACAAAAGAAAGGCUGUGGGUGGUAGCGAGCCUGCCAUCCAGUCCCAAAUCCCUGUCCUGGAGAAAGGAAGAGGUGGAAGAAAGCGUUCUCCCACACAAGCCAUGUACCCAUCAGCGUCACAGCCUCCCAUAGUGACCAAGAACCCCAGGGUCAACCUGUUGGUCAGCAAGUGGCAGCAGGUGUGGCUACUGGCCCUGGACAGGAGGAGGAAACUCAACGAUGCUAUGGACAGACUUGAGGAGCUGAAGGAAUUUGCCAACUUUGACUUUGACGUGUGGCGGAAGCGCUACAUGCGAUGGAUGAACCAUAAGAAGUCACGUGUCAUGGACUUCUUCAGACGCAUUGACAAGGACCAGGAUGGAAAGGUCACCAGACAGGAGUUCAUUGAAGGCAUCCUCUCCUCCAAAUUCCCUACCAGUCGGCUGGAGAUGAGUGCGGUGGCAGACAUAUUUGACCGGGAUGGUGACGGCUACAUCGACUACUAUGAGUUUGUGGCUGCUCUUCAUCCCAACAAAGAGGCAUACAAACCCCUCACAGAUGCAGACAAAAUUGAAGAUGAGGUCACACGCCAAGUGGCAAAAUGCAAGUGUCCUAAACGAUUCCAAGUUGAGCAAAUUGGUGCCAACAAAUACAGGUUCUACCUUGGAAACCAGUUCGGAGACUCCCAGCAGCUGCGUCUGGUGCGGAUCCUGCGGAGCACUGUGAUGGUGCGCGUUGGUGGAGGCUGGAUGGCUCUGGAUGAGUUCCUUGUAAAGAACGACCCGUGUCGAGCCAAAGGCAGGACAAACAUGGAGCUGCGAGAAAAGUUCAUUCUCCCAGAGGGCACCACUCAGGUGAUGGCAAGCUUCCGGUAUAGAGGUCGUAGGUCGCGGCCGUCGUCACGAGCUGCCUCUCCCAACAGGUCAAACUCUAGCCAUAGCUGUCCGGCCCAGCAUAAUAACCCAGCCUUGCCCAGCACACCCAAGACUCCCCAACACAUAACUCGCAAUUAUGAUAAACCCUGGCUGACAAACAGCAAACCCUCCACUCCUCUUAAAUCAUCAGACUCCUUUGAGAGCCAAGGUUCAUCCUCUGAGAGCACUCCGAUACAGGGAAGUAAACUGCGGCUCCCUGGAUACUUGUCAGGAAAAGGUUUCCAGUCGGGAGAAGAGCAGGGAACCCUGAUCAAUGCUGCUGUGAUGAAAGCACGGGGACAGGCGAUAGGGUUUGAAUCGAGAAGGUCCGGCAGCCGACCUGGAAGUAAAGCAGGCAGCCGAGGGAGCAGCCGGAGGGGAAGUGAUGCUUCAGACUUCGACAUUUCGGAUAUCGCAUCGGUGUGCUCCGACACAUCGGAGACGGUGGGUGACACCAGUCGGGCUACACCCCGCUCGUCAUCACGUCAACACGGAGGCAAGCCCUCCAGAAUCCCGACUCCUCAAAGAAGGUCGACUCCCAGCAAACUGGCCCAGACCUCCAAGAGAUAGUCAGGGGCCUUGAGACAACCACGUUGGCCCAAAGUGACAAGAGAGACUGGCGUAUGUGUUGAUUAUUUAAAGUCUUGUGAAGAUGUAAAAUAUUCUGUUGAAUAGAAAAAUUGUUUAUUAUUAAGUGAGAAUGGAAUGCCAAUGGCCUUGUGUUUGUCUUAAUGUAUUUAAUUUUUUGUGAAUAAUGUCAAAUUAUUCGGACUAUUUUAUUUUAUUGACGCUAAACCUGAAGAGUUUAAAGAAACUGAAAAAAAAAAAACACGGAGAAGACCACACUGUAUGCUCAACUAACAAUUCUGUACACUAAUGAAUGGCAGCACACAGCAUUGUGCUCGUGAGAGGGUUACUGAAUGUUCUGUAUGCUGACAUGCGUGUGACAGACCCUGUGGGAUGCCUCAAUUAUCUAUUAUCUAUUUAAAGUGCUAUGAUGUGCUGCCAAAAUGCAUUUAAAGGGCAAUACAAUAUACAUGUAGCCUACCACAUAGUAAACACUGCAAAUAAUGAUGUUCUGACUGAGAUGACUGUUGAAGGCAAGUUCACGCAGAAAUCCCUCAAUAUCCAGGCUUUAAAGUACUCCACCUUACCUUCGGUAGUACUGUUUUGUUUGGUCAACUUACAGUGAUGUGUGCCAUUUUACCUUGGACAUUGGCCUCCCCGGACCCUGAGUAGACAUUCUUUAGUGCAUUUGUCAGUGUAUGGUUCAUUUUGCUAGAGUGGAAAGGAUCGCUGUUAACGUUUUGUAAUAAAUCUGCUAGCAGAAAGCUACCAUGGGACACUGA